GCAGUUAACGAGCACCACUCGUUACUCCUAAAUGAUAAACGAUGGUCCCUUCCCACAUCCAGGGUUAGUAAACCUUGCAGUCUGAACUUUCAAAUUCGAAGAUGGUCAAUUGUAAACCUCAACAUUUUCUGCUUGCUUUGAGUUUCUGCUGGUGGACUACUUCUAUCCACGUCAGCUCUGAAAAGCACAGUCUGAAACCUGGAGAAAAACUGAACAGCACCACCCUGUUACGUUCUGAAAAAGGUUAUUAUGUUAUUAAGAUUGUAACAAGUUACUUGCAGAUCUAUGGCCCCAAAAAUGAGAAUUGGCCAGUGUGGAUUGGUAAUAGAAAUCAACCUGUUGACACGGGUUCUGCAGUUCUGCUGCUAAACCACUCUGGUGUACUGAAAAUAGAAUCCAAAGAUAUUGAACCCAUCAUCCUUUACUCUUCACCACAACCUUCCGAAAACACUGUGGCCACCUUGUUGGACACGGGCAACUUUGUACUGCAACAACUUCACCCCAAUGGAACAAACACAACGCUGUGGCAAAGUUUUGAUUACCCUACUGAUAAUUUGUUCCCUGGGAUGAAGUUAGGUGUCAAACACAAGAGUGGUCAUAAAUGGUCACUAGUUUCGUGGUUGACCUCUGAAAAACCAAGUCUUGGGGCAUUUGAACUUGAAUGGGAACCCACUGAAAGGGAAUUGACCAUCAAGCGAAGAGGAAAAUUAUGUUGGGCAAGUGGGAAUCUGGGAAACGGUGGAUUCAUACACGACACAUAUUACAUUAUUGUCUCAAAUGAAAACGAAAGCUACUUCUCAAUCACAACUUUGAAUGGAGAGCUUACAAGAUGGGUGCUUUUAGAAACUGGGCAGCUGAUAAAUCGGAAUGGAGCCGAUAAUAAUGUUGCGAGGGCUGAUCUGUGUUAUGGCUACAACACAGAUAAAGGGUGCCAACGAUGGGAGGAUAUACCCUUAUGCAGGCAUCCUGGUGAUGCAUUUGACAGCAGGGAAGGGUACCCCAAUGAAGACAUGGCAAAAUUUCUAGAAAAUUCGAGUUAUGGGCUAAGUGAUUGUCAGGAUAUGUGCUGGAGAAACUGCAAUUGUACUGGAUUCAAAAACUAUUAUGAUGAUGGUGGAACUGGUUGUGUAUUCUAUCACAAGAACUUCACCACGGGUACUAAUUUUGCAAGUGGGGGCUCUAAAUUCUUCGUACUUGUAAACAAACCCCAUCACAAAGGUAAAAAAAUGUGGAUAUGGAUAACUGUUGUAUCAGUAGUAGCUGCUCUGUUAGUAAUCUCUGCAAUUACUCUUGCCAUAAAGAAAAGAAAACGUCGUCUUGAAGGGAAAAAAAGAAAAGGGGUGGAGACUAAGAAUAUGGCAGAUUUAGCAGCAUCAAAUAGAUUCUAUGAUGUCAAAGGCUUUGACGAUGAAUUAAAGAUCAGACAAAAUCUAAAAGUGUUUCCCUUUACAUUGGUAUUGUGGGCAACAGAAGAUUUUAAUCCUGAAAACAAAUUAGGUGAAGGAGGAUUUGGACCUGUUUAUAAGGGAAUCCUUCCUUCUGGGCAAGAAGUUGCCAUAAAAAGACUUUCAAAAUCAUCAAGACAAGGAAUUGUGGAAUUUGAAAAUGAACUGGUGCUUAUAUGUGAACUUCAGCACACCAAUCUUGUACAACUACUUGGAUAUUGUAUUCACGAAGUGGAAAGGAUUUUAAUUUAUGAGUUCAUGUCAAACAAAAGCUUGGACUACUAUCUAUUUGAUUGUGACAGAGGCAAGAUUUUGGAUUGGACGAAGCGCUUCAAUAUAAUAGGAGGAAUCUCUCAAGGAUUACUAUAUCUUCAUAAGUACUCGAGACUAAAAAUAAUUCAUAGAGACUUGAAAGCCAGUAAUAUACUUCUUGAUGAAAAUAUGAAUCCAAAGAUUUCUGAUUUUGGAUUGGCAAGAAUGUUUACACAGGAAGAGUCCAUGACAAAUACUAGUAGGAUUGUUGGAACCUAUGGUUACAUGUCUCCUGAAUAUGCCAUGGAAGGAAUUUUUUCUACAAAAUCUGACGUCUACAGCUUUGGAGUGUUGCUACUUGAAAUCGUUAGUGGAAGAAGAAAUACUAGCUUAUAUGAUGUUGAUCAACCUCUUAAUCUAAUAGGACAUGCAUGGGAGUUAUGGAAAGAAAGUGCAGUUCACCAAUUAGUAGAUCCAUCAUUGAGUGAGUCCUUUGAUUUUGAAGAAAUGAAAAGAUGCAUUCAUGUGGGUCUCUUAUGCGUGUCACAAUAUGCAAAAGAUCGACCAACAAUGUCUGAUGUUAUAUCAAUGUUAACAAAAGAAAGUUCAAUAGUUACCUUGCCUCAAAGACCUGCUUUCUAUUUGGAAAGAGAUUACUCUUAUAAGGAAGUAUCUUAUGAAGAGUUAAAUACUGACUCUAUGGAAGAAAUUACUACUUCCUCUUGAGUGUAGAUCGAUAUUCUUGUUUUAUUUAUACAUAGUUUAAUUUCAAUUUUGGUUCUCAGUUAUUGUAACUAUAGUUUCAGUUACUCAAGUUUCAAUUAUGCUAAUUAGAUUCACGUCAUCUACCUAUCACAAAUAUGUGAAUAGAUUGUAAUUGUGUCAAUUAGGUCAUGCAUAUAAAGCAAUUUUGAAAUGUGAAUUGAAGUUUAAUUACUUAUGAGAGUGUAUAAGAAUCAACAAUCAUGCAAUUGCAAUAUUGGA